AUGUCGGGUAUUGACGUCGCGAUCAUUGGCGUGGGACUUGUCGGCUCCGCUGUCAUUGCACAGCUUGGUACUGCGGCUUCUGCUGCGUCCAUGCGUGUUGUUGCGCUGCAAAACUCGAAGAAAGCACUUCUCGCCAAGCCGGGCCAGCAGCUUGCGCUGAGCGGAUGGAAAGAUGCACUUGCUGCGUCGUCUGCGAAUGCUUUUGCGUUGGAUGAGUUGGUCAAGCAUCUUGAGGCGCUGCGAGACUCGAACAAGCGCCAUAUUGCUGUAGUGGAUAACACGUCCGAUCAAAGCGUCGCGCAGUUUUACCCCUCGUUCCUCAAGGCCGGCUUCAGCGUCGUGACACCGAACAAGAAGGCUUUCUCUGGCUCGCUUGAUCUGCAUCUUGCUAUUCAACAAAAUGUUGCACACGGUGUGUCAUCUACUAGAGGGCCUCUGGUGUACCAGGAGAGCACUGUUGGUGCAGGGCUUCCUAUUAUUAGCACGCUUCAGGACCUUGUCAUGACCGGCGAUGAAGUCAAAUGCAUCGAGGGUGUUUUGAGUGGUACAAUGAGCUACAUAUUUAAUGAGUUUAGUCCUCCCGGUGGUGGCACGCGCAAGUUUUCCGAGGUUGUCGCGGUGGCCCGCGAAAAUGGGUACACGGAGCCGCACCCCGCAGACGACUUGUCUGGCUCUGACGUGGCGAGGAAACUUACAAUCCUUUCGCGUUUAAUUCCCGCUCUGUCAGAAGCGCUUCCAGAGGGCUUCAGCUCUGUUCCUACGCAGUCACUUACGCCGGAACCACUUCUGGACGAGAAGAACGCCGAUGUGUAUGUCAAGCGUCUUGCCGAGUUCGACCAGCAUUUCGACGAAUUGCGCGCCAAAGCACAAGCGCACAACUCCGUAUUGCGCUACGUCGGUGUGAUUGAUGUGCCGUCUAAGACGAUCAAGGCUAGCUUGGAGACGUACCCUGCAACGCAUGCGUUUGCCACUUCGCUGGGUGGCUCUGACAACAUUAUGUCAUUCAGCUCCAGCCGCUACAACAACCGUCCUUUGAUUGUCCAGGGCUCUGGUGCAGGUGCCGAUGUUACGGCUAUGGGUGUCGUUGCAGACUUGCUCCGCGUCGCAGAGCGCCGUGCAUAA